AUGGCCCCAUUAUUCCUCCGGGAUUACUUUGGCUUCGGGGGGUCUUCAGCCGUGUCUGAGCAAGGAAAGAGCCCUGUCCGCGCCUUGCCCGCCAGCUGGUACACAUCUCAAGAGCUGUACCAACUGGAGAGGCGAGCCAUCUUCUCCAAGAAAUGGCUUCUCACCACACACAAGUCCAGACUGGUCAACCAGGGGGACUGGCUGCGAUACGACGUGGCCGGCUUCCAGUUCAUCAUCGCCAAGGACCGCCAGGACAACAUCAACGCCUUUCACAACAUUUGCCGGCACAGAGCAUUCCCCAUCGUCACCAAGGAAACCGGCCACAACAGCGUCCUGGCUUGCAAGUACCACGGGUGGUCGUACGGCUUGAACGGGAAGCUCGCCAAGGCGCCGGGAUACCAGGACAUGGAGGACUUUGACAAGUCCAAGAAUGGACUGUUCCCCCUUCACGUCCACGUCGAUCGAAACGGCUUCGUCUGGGUCAACAUGGACGCGCAGGAGAAGCCAACCGCCGCCUGGGCAGACGAUCUCGAGGGUGCCGACGAGCAGGCCCGGUUCAGCAACUACAACUUUGACGACUACAUCUUCGACCACGCCUGGGAGAUGGAGGGCGAGUACAACUGGAAGAUCCUGGCGGAAAACUACAACGAGUGCUACCACUGCAAGACGACGCACCCCGACAUUCCCACCAUCGCCAACCUCAGCUCCUACUACGUCGAGACAAAGGGGUGUCAGGUCCAGCACUUUGGAAGCCCAACGCCCGAGCAAAUUGCGCGGGGGCUCAACGUAGCGGCCAAUUUUUACUUUCCCAACGCCACCCUGAACGUGUCCCCGCACUUCUUCUUCAUCCAGAGGUUCGUGCCCCUGUCCCCGGGCCGGUCGAUCAUGAAGUACGAAGUAUACAGAAACAAGAGCUCGGGCGACGAGGACUUCAAGCUCAUUGACGACAUUUACAAGCGCAUCAUGUCCGAGGACAAGGUGCUCUGUACCCACGCGCAAAAGAACAUCAACGCGGGCGUGUUUAUCAAUGGCGAGAUGCACCCUACGAUGGAGAAGGGGUCGCUGUACUUUCAAAAGCUGGUGCGAGGCUGCUUGACGGAGCACCAUGAGCGAGAGACGGAGAGGGGAGAGGAGAUGUGGCCGGCAAGACAGACGCUGCCGAAAAGUGCGGUGGCGGCAGAGAAGGACGUGAGCUUUUGCUCGGCGGUGGAGUGCUGCAGGAAGGACAGGCUUGCGGCCGAGGUUUGGUGA